AUGGGGAGCGUGGGUGACCUGGCCAACUACGCGCAGCUCACGGGGCUGGACGCGGUGCGCCUCAUCGGCCUCAUCGUCAAGGCGGCGGCCACGGCGCGGAUGCACAAGAGCAACUGCCGCCGCUUCGCGCAGCACCUCAAGCUCAUCGGCGGCCUGCUGGAGCAGCUCCGGGUGUCGGAGCUCAAGAAGUACCCGGAGACGCGGGAGCCGCUGGAGCAGCUCGAGGACGCGCUCCGCCGGGGCUACCUGCUCGUCAACUCCUGCCAGGACCGCUCCUACCUCUACCUCCUCGCCAUGGGCUGGAACAUCGUCUACCGGUUCCGCACCGCGCAGACCGAGAUCGACAACUACCUCCGCCUCGUGCCGCUCAUCACGCUCGUCGACAACGCCCGCGUGCGGGAGCGAAUUGAGUACAUUGAAAGGGAUCAAUGUGAAUACUCUCUUGACGAGGAAGACAAAGAGGUCCAUGAAGCUCUGUUAAACCCUGACCCUAGCACAAAUCCUUCGAUAGUGCUCAAGAAGACUCUGUCCUGUUCUUAUCCAAACUUGCCAUUUAACGAAGCCCUUCGAAAGGAAAGUGAGAAGCUCCAGGUGGAGCUUCAAAGAUCACAAAGCAACAUGGAUAUGGCCCAGUGCGAGGUUAUUCAUCACCUGCUUGGAGUUACUAGAACCGUGGAAAGUUCUAUUCCAGACGAAAGUACCGAUGCCAAGGUUGCCAAGAAAACCAAGUCAAAGUGCACAAAAGUUAAUGAAGACAGUGCAAAAUCAUAUGAUGAUGACUCUCCAAAGAAGCAAAAAGAUGCCUAUGUUGCACCGCGGAGUUCUUCACCUGUUCCCUACAACCAUGAUCUGGUCUCGAGUACAGCAUCAUACAGUGAUGAGUGGCAUGCAGAUUUACUUGGUUGCUGUUCAGAGCCAGCUCUGUGUCUGAAGACCUUCUUUUUUCCAUGUGGAACGUUCUCAAGAAUUGCUUCAAUCGCCAAGAACAAGCCCAUGUCUUCCGGAGAAGCCUGCAAUGAUAUUAUGGCGUACUCCCUCAUAUUGUCUUGUUGCUGUUACACUUGCUGUGUAAGGAGAAAGCUUCGUCAAAGGCUAAAUAUUGCGGGAGGGUGUUGUGACGAUUUCCUUUCACAUGUAAUGUGCUGUUGCUGUGCUCUUGUUCAAGAAUGGCGCGAAGUAGAGAUUCGUGGUGCAUACGGAGGGAAGACAAAGAUAACCCCGCCGGCACACCAGUACAUGGAGCACUGA